CCCAUCCAUUGCCGUCCGCCUAUUGGGUAUUAAAGAUUCGUUCCCCGCCGUCUCUUCUCUCUCCCCGUGGAACGAUUUCGUUUGGUCUCUUCCUCAGAGAGGGUUGAGUAGGCAAACCAAAGGUGAUCUUUGCUCUGGCAUGGAUUGUUCUAUGGGUAGAAGGACUGCUAGUGGAAUAAUCUUUUCCAAAAGUGGUUGUAGUAUUACCUUUAGAGAACAAAAUCACCAUGCUAGAAGCAUCCGAUCCUGUAGCCGGUUAGGAUGUGGUGCUAAUUUCUAUUCGAUGAAAGGCACCAAGGUAGGAGAACAAGACAAAGCUCCCUUUCACACAGGAUCAUCUAAAUUAUUACCUGCUAGUAGUUUUAGAAGGCCUCAACGAGGAGGAAGGACUAGAAGAUCUCCUGAAGAAGCAGAUGUUGCAGAGAGCAGUAAUAGCCAAAGAGAGAGUGAUAAAAUUAAGUGCACUAGCAGAUCUCUGGAUAUAAAAGAUUCAGACUCCAGAAGAGGACUAGGGAAGAAAGAAGACUCGCACUCCACAACCGGAGAAGAGGAAUCCUGCAGCAAUAAAUUGAGAUCAAAAACAUCUAAGGAAGUCACUAGACAGUCCAGAUAUCACUACAAAGAUAAUUUAAGUACAUUUGCCAGCACCAGCAUGGCCCAUGCAUAUGGGUUGGAAAAUCCAACACGGGCAGGCGUAUCCAAUGUUCGUCCAUCAGGUUUUAACUCACCUAAUUCUGGAAGUAGCAGAACAGCUAAUAAUAUAAGAAAGAGAUCCCUUUACAAGGCAAGUCCAUCUUCCAGUGGCAAAAGCAUGAUCCCAUCGUCAAGUGGAACAAAUUCAGGCCUGGAUGUACCUCGUCGAGCUCCAAGAAGGUCUAGAAACCAGUCACCAAAUGGAGUAAGAGGUGUUCCUCAAAGUUCAUCAAGAUUGUCAACAGAUUUUAAUCCUCUUUGUCACAAUGUACAUGGACAACCUGGAUCCAGCACUCGGAUUGCUCCUAUUGGACAAAUUCAUGAACCUGUAGCAAGUAGCACACAUACAUUUGAUGCUUCUUUGGAAGAUAGAGAUGGCUAUCCACACUUAGUCAUGGAAGAAGUCGCUGAGUUGUUAUUAGCACUAGAGAGGAUCGAAGAUGAAGGAUUAACAUAUGAGCAAUUAUCGCUUCUUGGGAAUCAUUUAUUUUUGGACAGUCUGAGCUUCAAUGACCAGUACAGAGACAUGAGGAUGGACAUUGAUAAUAUGUCAUAUGAGGAAUUGCUAGUCCUGGAAGAGAAAAUUGGUACUGUGAGCACAGCCCUGACAGAGGAAGCUUUAUCAAGAUGCUUGAAGAGAAGCAAUUACAUGCCUGCCUCAUUGAUCUCUGGGUUCUCUGGACUUGAUGAAGCUGGUGCCAAAUGCAGUAUAUGCCAGGAAGAAUUUGUUGUUGGAGAUGAGUUGGGGGAGUUGGCAUGUGAGCAUGCUUACCAUGUAAAAUGCAUCCACCAGUGGCUUGGGUUAAAGAACUGGUGUCCCAUCUGCAAAGCAUCUGUGUCUCCAACCUCUUGACACCCUUCCAUGUAGCUAGCCCACAAGAAAGUGCAUUUGAACUUUCUAUCAUUCAUCGAAAGUUCUCAUCACUUUGUAAAUAACAUUAUUAUUAUUUUUCUUUCUCUUUUUCAGCUGUGGAUGGAACAUGAUAAAGUUUCUGGAUGUAUUUGGCCUUUUUCCCAAAUGAUUGGGAAGGACAGCCUCACUAUGGUCCCUAUGACAUUGAAGAGGCUUCUAGGUUGGGAAUUAUAGUUGUCUUCUAUUGUGAGCAGGUCUCUGUUGGUCGAAUAGUUUGUGUUCAGUCAAUGUGAUGCAAAUGCAGGAGAUGCAGGUCUGAUUUUAUGUGUGAGGCCUAUUUCUUCAAAGGUAUUGUUCAAUGGAUGUAAUAACAAUUCUUUUACAGGUAAGAGAUAUAGCAUUUGAUUUCUGUUA